CAGUGAGUGGAACUGAAAGUAAAUGUUUGACAUUGCUUAUAAGAGCCGAGUCGCCAUUACAGGGUGUGGACAUUACAGAGACGUCUCCCGAUCAACUGGAAUAAUCAUAUUUCUGAUUUAAUUUGACUUGAUAUUCUACUUCAUGUUAGUCAUAUAAAGUGGUGGUUGUUCUAGUGACGCUUGCAUUAGAAGUUUUGUGUUUGAAACAAAGUAUACUAGGAUACUGAAAGAAGAUGGCAGAGAGUUACCUGGAUAGUUACCUGUGCUGCCAUAUUUGUUCAGAGACUUUCAGAGAGCCUGUUUCUCUGGGCUGCCACCACAGCUUCUGUUCUAGCUGCCUGGACAAAUUCUGGGUUCAGACCAAAAACAAGAACUGUCCGGUAUGUAAGAGGAAAUCUUCUAAGGAUCAUCCAAAAGUAAACUUUCAGUUGAAGGAACUGUCUGAUAAAUAUGCCGGGAGACAGAAAGCAGGGGAGAAAGACUGUGUUCCAGAUGAAGACAGAGACGUGGUUUGUACUAAACACACAGAUGAACCUAAAUGGUUCUGUGAGGUGGAACAGAGAGCUGUGUGUCACGUCUGUGAGUUUCCUUCACAUCACGGACACACUGUCAUUCCAUUAGAACAGGCAGUGAAAGACCUGAAGGAAAAACUAACGUCAGAAUUAGACUCACUGCAGAGCAAACAGGUUAAAUGCAAAGACAUAGAGGAGACAUACAACAAAAUGUGUCAAUACUCCAGGAAGCAGCUGGUAUCCACAGAGAGACAGAUCAGAGGUGAGUUUGAGAAGCUUCACCAGUUCCUGAGAGAGGAAGAGGAGGCCAGACUGGCAGCACUGAGGGAGGAAGAGGAGGAGAAGGGGAAGAUGAUUGCCAGAGAGAUGAAGAACAUUCAGGACCAGAUCUCUUCUCUCACAGAAAGUAUCACUGCUGUGAAACAGGAACUCAAGAAACAGGAAGUGCCAUUUCUCAAGAGCUACAAACACACCCAGACAUUCUCCAGAGCCCAGUACACACUGCCGGAUCCCCAGCUGGUCUCAGGAGCACUGAUAGAUGUGGCCAAACACCUGGGCAACCUGCAGUUCAGAGUCUGGGAGAAGAUGCAGGGGAUUGUCAAACACACUCCUGUGAUUCUGGACCCCAACACUGCAAACGACUGGCUCUCUCUGUCUGAUGAUCUGACCAGUGUGAGUCAGACAGACCUAACACAUCAGCUCCCUGCCAACCCAGAGAGGAACACCAUUUACAUCACAGUUCUGGGCUCUGAGGGGUUCAGCUCAGGAAAGCACAGCUGGGAGGUGGAGGUGGGGGAUCAUCCUCACUGGUAUAUGGGCGUGGCCAAAGAGACAAUCAAAAGGCAGGAGAAACUACAAUAUUUUAACCCAGAUUUUGGAGUCUGGUUUUUAAUACUGAACAGUGGUAAGUAUAAAACAGGAAUAGGUGAGACCCUCACUCUGAAUGGGAGACCCCAGAGGAUCAGAGUACAGCUGGACUAUGACAGGGGAGAGGUAUCCUUCUACGACCCCAAAGACAUGACACACAUCUAUACUUUCAGAGAUACAUUUACUGAGAGACUCUACCCAUACUUCUUUAUUGGAAAGGCUGGUGAUGCUGGCAACACUGGUAUACAGAUCUGCCAAUCAGAAGUGUCUCUAACAGUGAAGUCAUUCCAGUGAGGUGUGUGUGUGUGUGUGUGUGUGUGUGUGUGUGUGUGUGUGUGUGUG